UAUGUUUACUUGAAAUUUAAUAUGUGAUAUAAAAAUAAUAAAGAAGGGCUUUAUUACGAAAUUUUCAGUGAAAUAAAAAUUUCAUACUGGAAUAAAUAUAUCAACAAAUAUAGAAUGAAGCAUAUAUAAUAAUUGUUCUGCUAGUGAAACACAUGGCAUAUUUUCAGCAUAUUUCAUCUUAUUUCCUAGUUAUUAAAUUCUUAACUUAAUAGUAACUAUAAUAACGUUAAUAAUGGAAAGAGAAGAGGAUGGAAAUGAAGAAAAUGAAUUUUAUACUGCGGCUGCCAAAUAUUGGGAGCACAUUCCACCAACUGUAGAUGGUAUGCUUGGAGGUUUUGGAUUUAUCUCCCAAACUGAUAUUAAGGGAUCUACAGUGUUUUUAAAGGCUCUAUUUGAGUCAAAGUGUGCGCCAUCAAAAACAUAUGCAUUGGACUGUGGUGCAGGCAUAGGAAGGAUAACUAAGAAUUUAUUGUUAAAUCAUUUCAAAUACGUCGAUUUAGUGGAACAAAAUUCAAAAUUUCUAGAGGCUGCUAAAACAUACUUGAAAAACUAUUCUUUGAAAAUUGGCAGCUACUACCCCAUUGGACUCCAAAACUUUCGCUUCACCGGCAAGAAAUACGAUGUCAUUUGGUGUCAAUGGGUUCUGGGUCAUUUGAAAGAUGAUGAUUUAGUACAAUUCUUUAAAAACUGUUCGAUGGGUUUAAAAUCUAACGGUAUAAUAGUAGUCAAGGAGAAUGUAACUAGCACCAAACAUUUGGAAAUCGAUUAUAAAGAUUCUUCUGUAACACGUCCUUUAUCACAAUUAUACCAUAUAUUCCAGAAAUCAAAUUUAGUUUGUGUGAAAGAAGAACUGCAACACAAAUUUCCACGUGGAUUGUAUCCUGUUUACAUGUUUGCUUUGAAACCUGUGUGAAUGUUCCUUUACUUCGUUGAAUAUGAAACCAAAUCAAUAAAAUAUCUCAUUGUUUUACAGUUUUACAAA